AUGCGCACCAAGUUGGCUCUGUGCCUAUGCCUGGCGCUCUGCGGAGCCCUGGCCCUGGCCCACGUCCAGGACGAGCCUGUCGUCGAGAAGAAGGAGAACAGCGCGGAGGUGAACAGCAUCGAGGAGAACGUCGCUGGGCCUGAUCCGUCCCUGUGGAGGAAGCUGUUCAGCACCGGCGACAGCAGCGGCAACCUGGUGUUCACCUUCCCGGGCACCACCACGUCCACUAAGAAGCCCAAGACAACGACAACGACAAGGAAGCCGCACGAUUCAUAUCCCCCCAAGUAUCCUCAUCACCAGUACCCUCCGUACUAUCCACCGUACUAUCCACCACCGCCGUAUCAUGGCUACCCCUAUCCCGGCUGGGGGCAUGGCGGCCACGAUUCUGGCAGCUCCGGCGGUCAUAGUCCUGGCGGCAGCGGCGGUCAAGGUUCUGGCGGCAGCGGCGGUCAUGGUUCUGGCGGCAGCGGCGGCAGCGGCGGUCAAGGUUCUGGCGGCAGCGGCGGUCAUGGUUCUGGCGGCAGCGGCGGUCAUGGCUCUGGCGGAAGUGGCGGUCAUGGCUCUGGCGGAAGUGGCGGUCCUCAUCAUUCCACCCCGCCUGACAAUCAUUAUCCGCAUUAUCCUUAUCCACACUAUCCACCACCACAAUACUAUCCCCCUUACCCAUACUACCCACCCCCACCACCACCACCACCGCGUCCACCACCAAGCAAAGACUCUGACGAGAGCACCGAAGCCCCUCCGAAUAUUUGCAAGCCGACGCCCUUCGGCUUGCUAUGCGUAACGCCCUAA